UGGCAGCAAAAACAAAUUUACCUAUCAUAAACAAGACGCUACAUAAAAGUUUAACUUUUGCUUAAUUUUCAAAGCAUUUUUAAUAUUUAAAUCACAAAAAAUACAAAAUGUCAGCAGAACAAACAAAUAUAAAAGUUGUUGUAAGAGUGCGGCCGUACAAUCGAAGGGAAUUGGAACAAAAUCAGAGGCAGAUCGUCAAAGUAUUAGACGAUAGCACUCUUCUCUUUGAUCCCGAUGAAGAAGAUGAUGAAUUCUUUUUUCAAGGCACAAAACAGAACUAUCGCGAUAUUACAAAACGUGUCAACAAAAAGAUCAGUAUGGAUUUUGAUAGAGUAUUUGAUCCAGAAGCAACAAAUCGACAGAUUUUCGAAGAAUGCACUUCACCUUUGGUUGCGUCAGUGCUGAACGGAUACAACUGUUCGGUGUUUGUUUAUGGUGCCACUGGAGCAGGAAAAACAUUUACAAUGCUUGGCAGCGAUACAUGCCCUGGUCUAACUUUUCUAACUAUGCGUGAACUCUUUGAAAAAAUGCAAGCUCAAAGCAGCACACACAAAUUUGAUGUAGGUGUAAGCUAUUUAGAAGUGUAUAAUGAACUAGUAAUGAACCUUUUGACAAAAACUGGACCAUUGAAACUUCGAGAGGACUCAAAUGGCGUUGUUGUUAGUGGGCUCGUUUUGAAACCAAUUUAUAGCGCAGAUGAACUUUUACAAAUGCUAGCACAAGGAAAUGCAAAUCGCACACAGCAUCCAACUGAUGCGAACGCCGAGAGUUCACGUUCUCAUGCAAUUUUCCAAGUUCAUAUUCGCAUGACGGAUCGCAAAACGGGCACCAAACGCACGGUGAAAUUAUCUAUGAUUGAUUUGGCUGGAAGUGAACGUGCUGCUAGUACAAAAGGAAUAGGAGUGCGUUUUAAAGAAGGUGCAAGCAUAAAUAAAAGUUUAUUAGCAUUAGGCAAUUGCAUCAACAAAUUGGCAGAUGGCAUGAAACAUAUUCCUUAUCGUGAUUCCAAUUUGACUCGUAUACUGAAGGACUCUCUGGGGGGCAAUUGCCAAACACUAAUGGUGGCUAAUGUUUCUAUGAGUUCGUUGACAUACGAGGACACCUAUAACACGUUAAAAUAUGCCAGUCGCGCGAAGAAGAUUCGUACAACACUUAAACAGAAUGUGCUCAAGUCAAAUAUGCCUAAGGAUUUCUAUAUAAAAAGAGUUACAGAGCUUAUGGCUGAAAAUGAACGUCUUAAAGCUAAAGUGACUCAGCUGGAAAAAUCUUCGGAAGCCACCCGAUCUUAUAAUGAAAGUGAAUUGAAAGCCUGGUAUAGUAAAAUCGAUGCGGUAUAUUCGUCUGUUAUUAAAACACAAGAAUAUGUUAUUGGUAAUCAAAGCAAAAUCAAGAGUAUGAACUUUCGCGAAAAAUUGAAAAAGGAAAAUAUAGCUUACAAUAAACAACUUGAACGAAAUUCCAACAACUUACAAGAGGUGCUGCUUCCUGCUUCAACCUCUGGUUACAAUAAAGAGAUCGCCAGACUUGAAGAGGAAUCCAUGCGCUGGCGUCGAAAGUUGCAUGAUGCAAAUAAAGAUUUAGAGAAACUGAAGAAAGAAAUAAAAGAAUCCAAAUAUGUUGAAAUCUUGAAAAUAUAUGAAAAAGGGAAGGAUUUGGAAGUGCGUUACUCAAAACAAGAUAUUAAUAUCAAUCAUAUUUCGGGUAUAAAUGCUGAAUUUUUGCGUGAUUCAGAUAAACUGCGCAGAGCUUUUGGCAUGGCAUGCGAAGUAUUGCAAAAGUCGUAUGACGAUCUCAACACAAAUAUGCAAGAUAGAUACGAACAAUUACAACAUUUUAUAAAGACACAUGCAUAUUUCGGUCAAGAGGAUUAUAAAAAAGACAGUGAUGAAGAUUUGGAAGUACCAACACUGAAGGUAACAAAUGCAAAACGUUUACAUAAAACUAAUGACGCCGAUAUGCCCACAUCUACGAGCACUGUAAAACGACAUCGUUCGCAACGUACAGCGUUAACGAAUGACUUUGAUUUAGGCUUAGAUAUCACGGAAGACACCGAUUCUGAUGAUUGUGUUAGUACUUUCAAAAAACCGGCAAUAAGACAUGCAAUUAUGGAUGAAACACAUGUGUUAUCGUGCGCGACAGAUGAUGAGCACAGUACGAUUACGGAUUUGAGUGGCAAAAAGUCGGCAUCAGAGAGCAAGGAUAACAACAGUUUGAUGAGAAAAAAGCAUCUGGUCAGUAAUAUACUGUCGGAACAAAUAGCUAGAGUGCCAAUGAACAAGGAUCGGAUGAAGAAUGUUUUGUUGAAAUCGAAAUCGUUCAAUCAUCAUGGGCUUUUAAAAACUGUAGCUGCUGGUGUACAAAAGGAGAAUAAAAAAUUCAGUCCAGUGCGUGUACGUAAAAGUCCGCGUAGUAUUAUGGUUAAAUCGCUCGCGGCGACGGCGAACAUUGUGAAACGGCAAGCAGUGCGCACAGUAAAUUCUAAUAACAGUGAUCCCAUUGUACGAAUAAAUCGCGCCGCCUCUUUUAGAGUUAAGAAAUAAUUUUAGUUUAAUUCGACUGAGUUUCAGUCCAAAUCUAUGUAUUAUAGUUUACCUCUCUUAUAUAGUAAGUAAUCAUAUUGAAAAAUACUUACAUAUAUCAAACAGAUACAUUUGUAUUUAUACAUAUCUAUACAUAUAUAUAUAUAUUUGAAUCUAAGAUUUUUAACUGUAAUGUUGGAACUACAACAACACAAAACAAGCA